AGAGACAAGAACGCAGAGCCGACUCAGGAAAUGUUGUUUGGGUUUGGGAAACGCAUCUGAAAUCGCCCUGCAACGUUUUGGAAAACCGGUUUAUCACAAUGUCGAAGGAAUGCGUAGUCCACUUUGGUGUGUUUUACGCAUUACUGUUUCCAGUCAUUGGUUUUGUUCCUUCUCCAACAAACGUCAGUGUUGUUUGUCACAACUUUGUGAAUGUCCUCUACUGGAACUACAGUAACCCAUCCGAACAGCUGAAAUUCAGUGUAAGGGUUGAAGCUUAUGUAAGUGAUCCCCAAACAGUCCCAGACACGACUCAGACGCACCUUGAUAUCAGCAGCUACAGCAGAGAUGUUAGUGAUGAUUACUUGGUGUACGUGACGGCACAUGAUGGGCAAGAGAAGUCAGAAAGCGUCUCCAUUAGAUUCACCUACAGCAAAGACUUUUUUGAUGAGAAAAAACAUAAAUGCUCUUUGGACUUUCCAGCUGUAAAUACGUCUGUCCACAAAGACGUGAUUAAAGCGUCCUUUCAGCACCCUUUCUUUCUUCAUGAGCUAAACAUUCUGAAUGAAGAGUUUAUGUACACAGUCACACAUGAUGAGCAAAAGGUUUUAUACUCUUGUUUUGAGGAGGAGCUGUGCACUGCAGAAAUCCACCUGAACCAAAGCACAGCUGGACAGUGUGUUGAGCUGAAGUUUGAAGGGAAGAUUGCUGGUAUUCCUUCAUAUACCUACAGAAAUGUUUGUGUCCCUCAGCAGAUGCCCGUGACCGACAAAACGGGAUUAAUCGCAGCUGUGCUAAGCGGAGGGACCAUCGUGCUCUUCAUUAUCAUGGGUGUUGUGUGGCUGCUCUGGAGGAAAUGGUCCAAAAUUCCUAUAACACCUCAAAGUUUGUGGAAAGUUAUCCCCAAGCAGUCUCACACCACCCUUGUUUCCCAACCCGAGCAGACCACUGUUUCUUCAUUGACAUCUCAGGGACACAAACCCCUACUGACAGAUGGUUCUCCCCCCAUUUCCCUGACUGAGGAAGACUGCAAAGAAAACACAACCUUUGAUAUGGAUCUAUCUGAGGUUUCUGAAGAGGAUGUGAAUUGUGACGACUCUGAAAGCUUCGGCAGGUCGUCUGACUAUGACAGUCCCAAAUUCCUGCAGGAGAUGAGUCCGGGGGACAAUACUGAGGGAUACGGCCCACGGCCACCAGUACUUUAGGUCUGAAUGUGUGUAAGAAUGACACUGGAAAGUCUUUGCGUUUCUUGUGAAAAGAUGGCCUGUUCAAGUCAUUUGAUGUAAUCAUUUUUUGGUCUAUUAACAAUUUCACACACUGAUCAGCAGGCUUGUCCAAGUCAAAGUUACAGUGUUAACUACAGCCAUGAUGAGUUUCCCACUAACCUGCAUUAACAUAAAUGAAUGUGUAAAUAAAAUAAUUUUGCUAAUGGGAAAUACCAACCAAACAAAAAAGAACAGGUAAAAAUAUUAAGGGUGUCUACACGGUACACUGUAAGAAAAACAGUAACAGAAAAAUGGAUAAUGUCCUGCCCAAAAUUGACCAGUACCCUUUACAGUACUUUAUUACCAGUAAUUUUUUGGGACAUUUCCUUCAACCCUAAAACAAUGCAAUGCAAUGCGUAUUUUAAAAUUCAGGUAAAACACCUGUAAAAAUCAAUACAGACAAUUAACACGUGAUUUCCACGGGAAUUGCAAAUAUGACGCUCCAUCAAUCAACCAAAAGUUGUAAAAAUGAUCAUUUUAACUGAAACGCAAUCUGAUGCAGGCAUCCAUUAACCAAUGAGAAUUCCAGAGAGGUGUGUCCAGAAAUUGCUGCAUUCCCACUCGAUUUAAAACUGACCCGACUUUUCAGCAUCGAAACACAUCUUCCACACUCCUGAUGCUUUGGCAAGGCCUCUCUAGUGUGUGAGGAACUAAAACUGCAUGUGUAUGUGCAUAUGAGCCAUGACUUUUCUGUUUAUUGCAGGUUGUUACUAUUAUUCUUGAUUUUGUCAUGAAACAUGUGUCAUAGCAUACACUUACAUCAGAGGCGAAUGACGUGCUGGAUUCAGUGCUGCUGGAGCUUUCACAUUGGAGAACUUUGCCAAGCUGAAUAUAUCACUUGAUUAUGUCACUAUAUGCACAUUUCCAGGCAGUGGUUUAUUCUGUAACAUUUGUGAAGUGUUUGCUGUGAUAACACCAUAUUCAGAUGUCUACUAAAAGCUACAGUUAAUAUCUGCCAGACGCUUCUCUGUAAUUGUUCAAUUCUCUGGCUGAAAAUGUUACACAUUGUAGGUUGAAUAAACAGAACAGCAUUACUCUGAA